AUGGCACCUAAGCUGCCAAUCAGCUGGGCACAAUUGCCCCCAAAUUUCCUCCUCCCCGACACAUUUCUCCCCUUAAUCGCCAAGCGCGGUGUCAAAUAUGGCUGGACGACAGCUCCCAAACGAGGGAAGCCAAAUCGAUUCAACCAGCAAACUGCCGGCCUCCCUACACUCUCGCAAUCACCUGCUGCAGCGCUCGCAAGAAAAGCUAGGACCUUACCAUUGAGGACUGGGGCAUUGGCUAUCAAGAAGGGCAUGACGGCGCUCUACGACCCCGAGACUGGAGUGCGAACCCCUUGUACGGUUGUGCAGAUGGAUAGAGUGCAGGUUGUUGCGCACAAGACGAGGGAAAGGAACGGAUAUUUCGCAGUGCAGAUAGGAGCAGGUUCGAAGGAGCCUGGAAACGUCACUCGACCUCUUCAAGGACACUUCGCUGGCGCGGGUGUCAGUCUCAAGCGCCAUUUGUCUGAGUUUAGAGUGUUGAAUGCCGCGGGCUUGUUGAAGGUUGGAGCGACAAUUGGGCCGGAGUGGUUUCUUGAAGGACAGUUCGUUGAUACGAGGAGCAAUAGCAGGGGAAUGGGGUUUGAAGGUGGUAUGAAGAGACAUAAUUGGAAGGGACAGCCGGCUUCGCAUGGUAACUCUUUGGCUCAUCGCGCUAUGGGUUCGAGUGGUCCUUCUCAAGGAGCUGGUUCCAGAGUUCAUCCCGGCAAGAAGAUGCCGGGAAGAAUGGGAGGGCAUCAGGUUACGCAGCAGAAUUUGAAGGUGUUGAAGGUGGAUGCUGAGAAGGGGAUUUUGGUGCUCAAUGGGGCUGUUUCUGGGCCCAAGGGUUGUGUGGUCAAGAUUCAGGAUGCGAUAAAGAAGCCAUGGCCGACUAUUCCUGCAGCUGUGGAGGACGUAAAGGAGGCGCUGCAAGCUACUGCGUAG